AUGAUGUUUCUGCGCGACAACUGAACCACUCUACUAUUCCUUAAUUUCCCGUGUGAAUAAUGCCUGAUACGGGACACAGAAUGCUUGGCAUAUUUCCAGUUUUGAUCUUGGUGAUUGCAUCAUUUGUUCAGUGUUACAGCACCGACAAUAACUUCCGUUCCUCAUAUCUAACUAUCUGGGAUGAUAAAGUUUUAUUAGGUCACGUAAUAACAGUUCACUAUGUUGAUGGAAUCACUUUAUGUGCACACGACUGUUUAUCGAAACCAGGAUGUCGAUCUUUUAACUUCGGUAAAGAUUCCAACCUUUGCGAGCUGAAUAAUUCAUCAUCAAAACCCAAAGACUUAGUGUCGAAAGAGAGCUUUCUUCACGGCAGCUUGAUAAUAGUGCCUAUCAUCAAGUUUGUUUUUACUACGCUAGGCGCGCAAGGACCGACUGGACCAACUAACACAUCAGGGUACUUAGGCACAACGCUAGAGGGUCAUGUGAGACUCAAAAGUGGAACUCAAGAAUGGACAGUUCCUCACACAGGAACUUAUUACAUCGAGGCAUUUGGCGCCUCAGGUGCAAAUGGUACAUGUGACAAUUCAUGUUCGGGGUGGAGACUUGGAGGACUGGGUGCAAAAAUCACUGGUUCUUUUAAACUCAAGCGAGGCCAGCAGUUAAAAAUAUUAGUAGGACAAAAAGGGCAAGUAGGUCGAAAAGACAAUAGUUCUCCCGGAGGCGGUGGCGGGGGCACUUUUGUUACAUUCAUGGACAAUUCGCCUCUGGUCGUGGCAGGUGGAGGAGGGGGAGCCCCAGUUUCAAAUGACGGGGACCCUGGGCAGGCUGGUCGGGAAGGUUCGAGGCAUGGAGGCAAGGCUGGCUCAGGGGGAAGACUUUCGAAUCCUGACUUGAUGGCUGGAACUGGAGCAGGAAUCUGGGGAGAUGGUGAAGGCAAGGACGGAAUGGCUAUGAGCUUCAGAAAAGGAGGAAUCAGUGCUAACGUAGACUUCUCAAAAGGAGGAUUUGGCGGAGGGGGUUAUGGACACCUCCUACCUGGAGGAGGUGGUGGAUAUUCCGGCGGUGGAGUUGAGGGGAACCAUCCUUCCUCUGGAACUGCGGGUGGUGGGGGCUCCAUAAACAACGGGACAUUUCAAACUAAUGAGAGUGGAGUCAAUGAAGGAGACGGUAAAGUCAUUAUUACGUUGAUAAAUUAGACGUGAUGAAUGACGUGGACUGUUGGAACACUCGAGAAAAAGCAGAAAAGAGAGCGAGAAGAGAAUCCUGAAACUCUUCCAUCUGUGGAUGAAAAAAAGGUGUCUAAAGCCUCUAAAGUUGAAUUCAGGGUUUCUCUACCUUCGUGAAAAAUAGGCUUUUCAAGUUGCAGUUGGUUUAAAGACUUCAGAGAUCGAUGGACUUCCUGCUUAGUUCAUUCAUUAGCCAUAAAUUACAAAAGACGAGAUCACCGCUGAUUUGUUCAGAUCAAGGACGGAACUAAGCAAAGAAACUUAUGAACAUUGUACGGUUGAGAUUUUUAGUGCAAAAAGACUACAAUAUAACAGACAAUUGGUCUUAACGGAAAUUCUUUGGGGAGAUUAUUAUAUAUUGUACUUCAUGUCUAUUUUUUAUAUCUUAGUUCUGCUCUUGUGCAAUUCAUUGACCAAAUCUUGUUCGAAUUUUCUCUCCGUAAAUUUAAAGGGCUCAAUUUUCGCCGUCCGCUUGAAUCUUGUCUUCGUCCUUCUCCCUCUCUACGGGGAAGAGCGUGGGCUCAUUUCACGAACAGCGGAUAAAUAUCUAGACUACCAACUUAAAAGGUGACUUUUCAGGAACGAAUAACAAUAAGAUUUCCGAGUAUAUCGGAGAACGCUCACCUGAUGAAAAGAAACACCAAAAUGGGACUCGCAAAGGAUCUCCUGAAAAGGAUCAUUAUUUAUAAUGCGACAUCUCUGUACUGCACAGGUAUCACAAGAGUUAGAUUUCUGUUGACCAGCUACAUAGCAGUGGAUAACAUAGGUUGUGUCAUUGUCACUGAAUAAACCUUCACACUCUAAAAAUUACUUAUCAUUAUGUUAGUAAAUUUAAUAUACU